AUGUAUCGCAAUCAUGUUGAUGUGUUGAUUGCACCGGAAUUCUUGGAUCCAUUCUUGGCUUUGCUCAGAAUGCGUGGUAUCAGUGAUAUAAAAAUUGUUGCAAAUGAUAUACAGAAAGAAAUAGAUCGGGAGAGGAGAGAUUUAGCAUAUGCAAUGAAACAUCGUCGUUCUCGACGUUUUACGAGAGAUGAUUCAUUAGCUGACUUCAAUCUUACUGCUUAUCAUCGUUAUGACAAGAUUGUGGAAUACUUAGAAAUGCUCUCACGAUUAUAUCCAGAUUUAGCUGAAAUAUUUAAUAUUACUAGAACAUAUGAAGGUCGCAAUUUAAUUGGCAUUAAAAUCGGAUCACAAGCUCCAUACAAACCCGCUAUAUUCAUUGAUGCAGGUGUUCAUGCAAGAGAAUGGAUUGCACCUUCAGUAGCCCUUUACAUCGUCAGCAAGCUUGUAACGGAAUAUGCAAAAGAUUCCGGUCUAACGGAUAUGGUAGACAAAUUCGACUGGUAUAUUGUUCCAGUGGCGAAUCCAGAUGGAUAUGAAUAUAGCAUGACUACUGACCGAUUAUGGAGAAAGACACGAUCAAGGAAUGUUACAGUUAACAAAUGGUGCGUUGGUGCUGAUGCGAACAGAAAUUGGGGUUAUCGAUGGGGCGAAGUAGAAGCAAAUCGUAGCCCAUGCUCAAAUAUCUAUCCCGGUUCAGCAGCAUUUAGUGAAGCAGAAACAGCAGGUAUUCGAGAUUUUAUCACUUCUCAGACUCUUGAUCUCAAGAUUUAUGUUAGUUUCCAUAGCUAUGGACAGUUAUUCCUCGCGCCGUGGGGUUAUACCAAUGAUAAACCGAACAAUUAUUAUGAUCAGAAGCAGGCAGCAAGCCUGGCAGUAGAGGCUAUUCGAAAGAGAACUGGUGCAAAGUAUAACUAUGGUACUAUUUCUGAACUAAUGUAUCCAGCAUCAGGAACAAGUAUCGAUUAUAUGCAAGACAAAGGUAUACCUUAUAUCUACGGUAUCGAAUUGAGGCCUGAAGAUACAGAUAGCAACUUCGGUUUUACCAUUCCAGCACGAUUUAUUGAACCUACCGGUGAAGAGAUGAUAUCAGCACUACGAACAAUGACAGAUUAUGUAAAUCAAAAAAUAAAUUAA